GGGGGGCGUGGGGGUGAGGAUUCAACUUAACUGAAGACAAGGAAAUAACUUUUACCAGUUUGCCUCUCGUCGGGAUGCUUCCUGCUCAAGAAGCGGCCAAGAUCUACCACACCAACUACGUGCGCAACGCCCGGGCCAUGGGCGUCAUGUGGCAGGUGUUCACCGUCACCUUCGCGGUCAUCAUGGUGGUGGUGUUCAUCCAGCCCUACUGGAUCGGGGACAGCGUGAACACGCCGCAGGCCGGCUACUUCGGCCUGUUUCACUACUGCAUCGGGAACGCGCUCACCUCGGAGCUCACCUGCAAAGGGAGCGCGCUGGACUUCGGCUCCAUCCCGUCCGGGGCCUUCAAGACAGCCAUGUUCUUCGUGGGCAUCUCCAUGCUGCUGAUCGUGGGAAGCAUCGUCUGCUUCAGUCUCUUCUUCUUCUGCAACGCCGGGAGCGUCUACAAGAUCUGCGCCUGGACGCAGCUGGCCUCCAGUACGUGCAUGGUGAUCGGCUGCAUGAUCUACCCCGACGGCUGGGACUCGGAGGAAGUGAAGCGCAUGUGUGGCCAGCGGACUGACAAAUACACCCUGGGCAACUGCACGGUGCGCUGGGCCUACAUCCUGGCCAUCAUCAGCAUCAUGGACUCGCUCAUCCUGUCCUUCCUCGCCUUCAGCCUGGGCAGCCGGCAGGACAAGCUGCUGCCAGAGGACUUCCAGGUUGAGGGGAAGGAUAACGCAUAGAUCCGUGGUGAACACAAUGAGGAGAUGCAACCAGCUCAACUCCCAAAGAGUUUACAAGCAGUUUUCCAGAAACGACUCCAACAGAGCGAUGGUGUUCCACUGACCUCUGGCUUCCUGGACUCCGUUGUCUCACGUCUACUCCUCUCAUGUGUUAGGGAGGGAUGGACGGUACUUGAAGGGACACUCCUCUUGUACCCCCUCCAAUACUUGUGGAGGGCGAACAUCCGGGGACGUUUCACUCCUGGACAUUUCAUCUCCACAGUUUGACAUCUGGAAAUAUGUGUUGAAAUAUGAGUCGUUGUUAGUGACGACAUUUGCUGCGUUUCCAUUACAAAUGUAUACAUAUCUUUAUUUAUAAUCCACUGAAGCUGAAAAACCACAACUUCUCAACUAGUGCUUCCAUUAAAUGAGAGGUGAAAUCAAAAUCACAUUUGAAUGACUGAACACGUGCACAAACUUUUUCCAUGAGUGAUUUUGACUUCAUCUCUAUUGCAGCCAUUUUUAAUUAGCUUAAGAUCGCAUGCCUCUGAUGCUGGGAGAGAAGAACAAUGUCAUUGUUUUAACUGCAGCAAAAUUGACAUGAGGUUAUAUAUUCUAAAAAUAGAUGAAAACAUAAGACAUUAAACAAGUUAAUAUUCAA